AUGGCGACCGUGUUAGCUGACCAGAAGCGAUCCCAAUUACAGCCCGUCUGCCAGAAUUGCGGCACCUCGACCACUCCCCUCUGGCGCAGAGAUGAACUCGGCUCUGUCCUGUGCAAUGCCUGUGGUCUUUUCUUGAAGCUGCAUGGCCGUCCGCGUCCGAUAAGCUUGAAGACAGAUGUGAUCAAGAGCCGUAAUAGGGUGAAGACUGCCGGGCAAGGUGCCAAGCGCAAGUCUAGUGGCACUAUUGAAGCGAAUGGUCUGUCUGCCGCACGGUCGGAGGCCGGCACCCCGCCUCUGGGAUCCCACGGGUAUCGCCGACCGUCACGGAAGGCCUCGCCCGGUCAUUCGGACCGUUCCAACUCCCCCAUCUCCCGGACGGAAACCCCUGGCCUGUCCGCGAUGCAACAGCAUAACUCCAACAUUGCUCCGCAGCAUAUGUUCGAUAGUGUGACGCUGACCGACCACGUGUUGAACCCGCCCAACACCCUGCCUGCCCUGCAGCUGCACCAGCCGUCUCCUUCCUCCAACACCGUGGUCGAUCGUCAUCUCGAGGCGCCCCAGACAUACGAGGGCCUGUUGGCGGCCAAUACAUCUCUCAAAACGCGCGUGAACGAGCUGGAACUGAUCAAUGGGCUGUUCCGCGGCCGCGUCACGGAGCUGGAGCAGAGUGAUGCCACCGCGCGCCGAUCAGAGAUGAUCGUGCGAGAUUCUGAGGCCCGCCUUCGCCGCUCCCUAGAAGACGCUCAUCGUCGUGAAGAAGACCUCAAACGCCGUAUAGCCGAGUUGGAACGCCAGCUGGCCACCCGUUCGUCCGUGGGGGGCUCUGCCAGUCUCGAUAGCCCCAACCACGAGCCCCAGUCCAAAAAGAUCAAGCUGUCCGAUGUAGUGGAUAGCUCCUCUGCUUCUCCGACAAAGUCACCCAAGAGCAUCUAG